AUUGAGGCGGCAAAGAAUCGAGCAGAGAAAAUAGCAGUUAUAGUUAAAAAUUUUGCAGAUUUUAUUAUAAAUAAUGUAAAUGGAAAUGUGAACGAAAUUCGUAAUUGGGUCAAAGAACAAUUAAAAGUACUCGCUGAUGAAGCAAAGACGAAUAAUAUCGAUGUGUCAGAUUGCAUGCAAUUGGCUAACAGUGUUAGAUAUGCCGGUGUGGCCGUGCUGAGCAGUUCGAACAAAUGCAUCGAUGAUAAAAUUGAGACUAGUCAAAAAUUGGUAAAAGAGAUUGAGAAUAAAACUGUAACUGCAAGCCAAGCAGUCAACCAAUUUGCCGAAGAUACUGCUCAAUGUUUGAACGAAGUAAAUAAUGUUGUGGGAUUACUUGGUGCUGCUGGUUGCACGAUUAGCUCAAAAAUCAGGAAUGACAUUGUUGUGCUGACACAAAUACCUAUCAUAGCAGUAGACAUUAUGCAAAUGGUGGAAAUGGCAACCACAUUACCAAAUACUAUGGGCAUUUGCAUGUCAACUAACGCUGUGCUAACAUUGGAAAAACAAGCUAGAGACAUUUUAGCGAAAGUGACCCAGUGUGUGAAGGACAGAAUUUUUUCCGCAAAGAAAACUACCCCUUCCACCACUACUAACGUAGUAGAAUACAGUGGUGUAACAAAAGAAAUUACUACUACUUCUAUAAUACAAUCUAGUAAUUCAACUGAUCAAAUCAAUGAUAAACUAGAUACUGAAACAGUUAAAAUUGAUUUCAUUCCUGAAACCACAACAAGACAACCAAGUUUUUUUGAACAAAUUAAGUUAUUUUUCGGUUAA